AUGUGCGAACUACUAUUACUCAAACAAGCCGUCGGUAAAGAACCUGCAGCACCAUUUUCGUUAUGGCGAUGGCGACAGAAAAUGUCGGGGCGGCCAUUGUGUUCCCAUACGGAAUUUGCAAUAAAUUUCGUACAUUCCUUUGGCAAAAGAGCAAUAAUCGAUACAAUAUCUGGAUAUUCAUUGAGUAGAUACACAUUCGCAAGGAGAUGUAUUCAGAACUCCCCACUUCACGUCUUCCGUCUCCGUGAAAUUCUCAUUUUCAAAACAUUUAGUGAGGCUGGCCAUGUCUGUCACAUUAUUCUUUGUUUGCCUUCAAAACUACCAAGGUUCCAUGCUCGUAAUGUAUUUCUGGUUAAAGUAAUGUCUAGUGAAUUUAUUAUUGCUGAUAAUUCCAAAAAGUUGGGCGUUCCUCGUUCGCGGGAUAUAAGUUUCUGUAAGUCUUAUGCUCUUUCUUCGAUGUACAUUUGGCACCCAAUAUGA